GACAGAGGCUAUAAGUGUUGUACUCAGUGUUCCACAGAGACAAGACGCUUACUGCCACUGCGACUAUGAUGAUGGUGAUGUUCACCUUGGUUAUUCUUGGAUGUUUGGGAAUCCAAGGGUUGAUGGCCUCUGACUCUGGGGCGUACAGAAUGUCCAUGACCAACGACCGACACACCACUAGACAGCGACAGCACCCUCAGGCAAACAAUGAAAUACUACAGAGUCUCGAGGUGGAUGAUUUCAAAAUCAACAUAGUCCCAACCAGCGGAAAAGUCAGCUCAGCACCGACCAUGGUCCGACUCUACCCGCCACCGGUCAAACCAUUACACUUUCAUGCCAACCUCCCGCUGCGCUUCGGCCGGAACUCCCAACCUGAUGACACACACUCACCCAAAUCCACCCUCAAUUUACCACAACGGUUUGGAAGAGCACAGGGGUCUGGUGCAACGUUUAUAACCUCAUGUAUUGAAUGUCCCCAGAUCGGGACAGUGCCCUCUGCCACCCUGCCACCGAGGUUCGGCAGGAAUGAGUUCUACCACCGGUAUCCUUUCCAAGCCAUGGCCUCACGCAUGUCUGAAUCCAUGCCAAAUGGAAACAUUAGGCAUCAAGACUAUUAUUAUUAUGAUUUUGGCUCAGAGGAAGAAGAGACAGAGGAGAAGACUUUAAUUAAUUAAUUACAUUUAUUAUUUUGAACGUCCUCCUACACCACAGAAGAGCGUGCCGUUUCCACAACGUGGCUAGUGGUUUUUCCUCAUAUUUAUCUAAUAGCCUAUGUAAUGUAUGAAUAUUGUUAAAUUGGUGCCAUAUUGUUACUU